AAAAAUUUUGCAUUAAAAAAAUAAAAUAAAAUAAAUAUAUAUUUACCAUUAUUCACAACUCAUUACAAUAAGGUUUAUUAAUUAAGUACUAAGAACUAAGAAUGAAAAAUACUACUGCAGCAUUGAUUAAUCUUAGCUGAUUUCAACAUUUACUGAUGCAUUAUUAAAAAUAAAAGUUGUGCUUGUUAACAUUAGUUAAUGCACUGUGAAUUAACAAAGUAAAAAUGAACUGCAUUUUCAGCUAACAGAUGAAUUAAUAAUAAUAUAUUAAUUGAUGUUAACUGUUGGAACCUUUUAUAAAGUGUUACCCUGUUAUUUAAGCUUUAGUUAACAACUUCGUUUCAGGUCAAAUUCCGCACAAAAUCUAUAUCGGAAACAUUUCCUAAAAAAUUGCGUCUUUGUUUGUUCCGUUCUGUACUAAUGCACACAGACUAGGUUUAUCAUUAAUGUAAAUAGCGUGAUAAUUCUAGUCAUUUGAUGUGAUACAGAUAUAUUCAGUGCGGUGGUGUGUGUGCACUGCUUUAAAACGGAUGUAAUCCUGCAGCAGGACUGCCACCCAUUUCCUUCUAUUCUGUGAAGGGCUGUUUAGGAAGCCACGUUUGCGUGUUUGUGAGUGUGUGUAUCAGCCUGUAUUCUAGCAAUGGUUCAUUUGCUGCCAAAGGACACAUGCUGUGAAGUCCAUUUCCAUUCCAUUCAAUCGCAUUUCCACAAAGUUAUGACUGUAAAGUUAUAUGUAUGCGAACACAACCCUCCCUAUAUUAUAUUAAGCUGUUAAGUUGGCCUAACUUUCCAGUAUUCACCCAGACAGACUGACUCAGUGUCUUUUUUAUCAGAUGAAAGGUCUGUAAGUCAUUCCUGCAGAUUACAUGUUUAGAUACAGGAGAGCCUGUCAAACAAGCAUUUCAGCUGUGAAAGCCUUAUGUAAACUUACUUUGACAACACCUACAUAUAAGCUUGAUUAAAUCAAACUAAAUCCAUUCAAAAACAAAAUCAAACUCCUCAAUCAAAUACGACACCUGUCUUUUCUCACCUUUUUGUGUGUCCUACAGCGCAUUUGAUUUGUCCUUUUGAUGUUUAAUUAAUGUUGCUAAGAUCGCUUUAAAGACAUUUACAGUCUUUCUGUUUAAUUUUUAAUUUAAUUUUCUGUAUAAUUAUGUAUGUGUAACGGAGAGGAGUCAAAUGUAUAACAGUUUAUUUGGUCAUAGAGAGUUUGAAUGGAAGAUAACUGAAGCGUAUAUCACAGUUUCUGGAUGAUUAAGAGGAGAAGCCGGGAAUAGGAGAAACAGGAGACACUUAUGAGUAUGAGGAGACACUAGAAGGAACACAGGAGGUAAGUCAAACAGGUAAGUAUAAGUCAGGGUCCUCUAUAUGUAUAUGAGGCCGGACAAUGAGUGUGUGCUUAAGUACUGGCUGUUAAUGAGGUGCUUGACAGGUGCUCAGUGCUCUGGAGAGAUUGGGUGGUGGAUGAGCCUGGCCGUUCUGUUGCAGUACCCCCUCCUCAAUGGCCGUGGUCUACAUCUGCCCCGAGGUGCUGGACGAUCAGGAUGAGAGGGUCCAAGCACCGAAGGCGUUCUUCUUCUUUUGUUAAUCUUUGGAUCAUGCAGAGAACAGCAAAACUAAUUUUGCCAUAAAUGGGUCGAAGAAGCAAUGAAGCUAAGCAGAAGAGAGGUUCCUAUUUAUGGCCAAGCAAAGGUUUUUGCACUGAUCCCAUCGGUUCAGGAGGAAGAGGUUUUUGUGGUUCUAGAGGGCUCAACUCUAAUACAUGUUCUACAAACUAGAGUUCACAACAUGCUCUACUUCAUUGUUCCAGGUCAUAACCAGCCGGAGACUGUACAAGUUCGAGCAUAUAUAUUUACAGAUGAUGCUGUGAUGUGCGUGGGUGUGUCUCAUCUGACAUACGUGGAAGAUGACGCACAGGAGCUGGCUGAAUACCUGGUUACCCAUAGCGACUGUCUCAGCACCACUGAGCACAGACAUCUGAUUGGUCGAUAUGGUUUGAAUGACAGCUGCGCAAGGGCAGAUAUGGAUCAAAGGGUCACACUCGCACUAGCCAACCUACACACCCCUCACAGUCUUCUCGGACAGCCAUCACAAGAAUCUCUCCUGCAUGUGUGCGUGCGUCUGGGCUUUGUGAGCGUCUCUGAGUUUCUUCUCUGUCAACCUGGUGCCCUGAUGAUUAUCCGCUCGGCCAAUCAGGAUGGGGACACGCCCCUUCAGCUGGCCCAACAGACCAAUCAGCACACGCUGAUAAAACUCUUCAAGCAACCUCCUAAUCCAUUAGCCACGCCCCUUGCAGGCGUGUCACAAGUGUGGGCGGGUAAAUCCCACCUCCUCAGGUUUAGCCAUGCCUCUGGGAUGCUGUCACUGUCUGUGUGUGUUUCUGAGCCCUGUGCUACUGCACAAACCUUACAGUCAUCCAUAUUACUGCUGCGAGAUUGUGCGAGGGACUCCGCUCUGUUAAACAAGAUCAAAGGUCUGAGAGUGGAUACAGAGAGAAAAGCUGAAAGCAGCACUCUGUUUUCAUACCCAGGAUCACCAUACUCGCUGCUUCACAAUGCUUGGUUUAACAAUUCCAGUCAGGAUGAAGAUGAGGAACUUUUAUCAUCUGACGACUCUGUAGAUGGAUUCACAACUCAUACCGAUUCAACAAGCAGUUCACUCACUGGCUCCAGUGUGACCAUAACAAACAGCAUCAACACUUUGCAGGCUGCUGAGGAUCAGUCAAUUUAUCCUCAGGAAUCUUUUGACUCUUUUGAGUUUGAAUCAGACUCUACGGCAUCUGAACAAGAUUCUCCUGUCCAAGACAAAUUACCUAUCUGUAGUCCACAGGACGAGCUAGUCCCCUUCAGUGAUGAAGAAACGUCCACAGAGAUCACACGUACGUGGUGUAACAAGUCAGAGGAAGAAGAAAAAGAACAAUUCAUCCCUACUUUCAAAAGUGAAACUGAGAAAUAUAAAGUGAGUCGAACACUUAGCUUUCUUCGGAGUCGGAUGGUCAACACCAAAAUAAAAAACAAGGUAAAUGCCGAGGUUUCCACAGCCUUGCACCAGCUCUGCUCACCACAGGAGCCCGUUGAAGCAGCUUGUGAAGUCUGUGAGGGAGCUGACAGUGAUGAACCACAGCAGUGCUCAUACUGCUCCAUGAUCGUUCAUAAGACCUGCUGUGAUUCUGCACCUCUGUGUGUAAAGAAUCCUCAUCAGGCACUUCUAAAAAGCGCUGACUCUUCAGUGUUACUGUACUCGUCAAGUCAGAGUUCUCCAUCUCUGUCUCUGGUCAAUGACAACCACGCCAUGUCACACAGAAAGCGGAGUAACAGUGAGGGGUGUGGCCAUGAUUUCACUCUGCGAAAAAGCAAGUCUUUUAUUGGUUGUUCUUCCUCAAACCCCACCUCCAGCUCUGAUUCUUCAGCUCACAUAUCAUUUGACUACUCUGCUGAAUCUUGGAGUGCUGUCGUGGACACUGAAUUCAGAAGGACACUGGACAGAGAGGUGGUCAAGAGACAGGAGAUCAUCUAUGAGCUGAUGCAGACAGAAUUUCACCACAUCCAGACUCUCUCUGUCAUGGCUGACGUUUUGAGGCGGGGACUGUUGGAGGAAGUGCAGCUGGAGCUGGACGCGAUUGCUCAGAUUUUCCCCAGGCUGGAUGAGCUCUUAGCUUUGCACAGAAACUUUCUCAUAGACAUGGAGACCAGACAGCGCAUGUCUGUUCAGCCAGAAAUGCACAAGAACUACAUCAUAACACAAAUUGGUGAUAUUCUGUGUCAACAGUUUGCCGGCCGAAAUGCUUCUCAGAUGAUAGAACUGUACGGUGAUUUCUGCAGCCGGCAUCCAGAAGCACUGAAAAUGUAUAAGCAACUGCUACAGAGCAACAGGAAGAUGCAGUUAUUUCUCAGACAGCAGAGUACCAACUCUGUCAUAAAACGACGUGAAAUCCCAGAAUUCCUGUUGCUUGUUACCCAGAGAAUCACAAAGUACCCUGUUUUGAUUGAGAGACUUCUUCAACACACUGAUGAUGGCAGUGCCGAACGCUAUGAUAUCGCAGUGGCGCUGGAGGGUCUCCGGGCGGUGAUAGAGGACGUGGAACGGCGUGUGGGAAAUUACGAGCGUGCAAAGAAACUUCAAGAUAUCAUAAGUCGGCUAGACAACAAGAGCUGCACCCGCCUGAAGAAUGGAGAGAUCUUCAGCAAGCAAGACCUGCAGAAAACACACCGAACCCUCACACACUCUUCAGCGCUGACCUGUAGGACAACCUCUGGCAGACUGAGAGAUGUCCUUGCUCUGCUCCUCACAGAUGUUUUGGCUUUCCUUCAGGAGAAAGAGCAGAAGUUUGUCUUUGCUGCACUGGAGCAGAAGCCAUCUGUGAUGCCCUUGCAAAGAAUCAUUGUUAGGGAGAUAGCCAAUCAGGAGCGAGGACUAUUUCUGAUCAGUGGUGAUUGCUCUGUGGGGCCGGAGAUGUACGAGAUACACACACAGACUCGUGAGGAACGCAACAUGUGGAUGACGCUGCUGAGACAGGCCGCUGAUAGCCUUCCUGAUGAUCAGAGCAGGAUGAAAGAUGGGGAAAUCAAAGUCAAGAAGAUACAGAAAUUACAAGAGGCACUGUUCUCUCUGGAUCUGCAGCUGUGCACUGUUAUUGAAGAGAAGUUAAAGAUCUGUAGAGGGACUGGAAGAUGGACUCUGGCUACUUGCCGUCUACUCGUUCAACCCCACCCUGAGAACACCCCUCAGGGUGUCACUUUACUGUCUGACGCACAAGAAGAGGUGGUGAAGCUGGCUAUCACUUUGUUGACUUGGCUUUUUCCUUGCAUAUGGUCACCAAGUAACCAUGACAGCUUUGGCCAGGAAAGGGCAAACUAUAAUGAACAAAAUUUGCCAAGUCGGAGCAGGAGGAGUGCUUUGGUAGAAACAGGGGUGGGGCCUCUCACAAUAGCCCCAAUAAGCCCCGCCUAUCAAACUUAUUUAAAGGUAGCUGAGGGUGUUCACAACUUAAUCCACAUACUCUACAGUCUGCAGGCUGCUAUAAUAAUCCAAGACAGCUGCUUUGAAGUUCAAAAUCUCCUCCUCCUCGAGGGAGAAGCUCCGCCCCAAACUCUUACAAGUGAUUAUGAUGUCAAAAGGCAGCAGAGUUUUGAGGGCGGCGCUGUCGGCGGCACUGAGGCUGUGCAGCAGAAAGAACUGGAGCAGAGAGAGAGAGAGCAUGCUGAACUGACGGAGAGACUUUUGAAAGAGAGAGAGCAGUUUGAGGAAGAGUCACGGCUGCUUGAGGAGAAGAUGAGGAAGCUGAGAGAGGAAGAGAAGAGAGUAAACGAAGAGAGAGAGAAACUGAAAGAAGAGGGCAAGAAAAUGCAGAAAGAGAGGAAGAGUCUGGAGGCACAGAUAAGACUCAUUCAGCAUAAUUCUAAUCUUCGUCAAGGCAUCUUGCCUUCUAUCAUAUCACAGGAGAAAUGAAAUACAUUUAUGUCUAUGUUAAGUGUUUGUGUUAAAGAGAAAUUGCUGUUUUACUGGCAGAGUUAGAGACAAGAUAAAUGCUUUAAGACCAUUCCAUUUUAAAGAACUGAAAAAACAGCAUAUUUUUUGCUUUUUAGAGUUGUCUAUAAUUGGUUGUCUAAAAACAGGACUGCAGUCUUGUCUGAGACUCAGGGCCGAGCUAAUGUAGUCUCAAGACCUUGAUCAUGACUCCAACUCUGCUUGGUAGUGACGUGUAUCAGAGCUGUACUGUAAAUCUUUAUUUAAAGCUUUGGUGGUGAUACAGGAAAUCAUCAGUCAGAAGUAAAAUAAAAUUCAUUCCUAAUACUGCCACCAGUAUUUGAAUAA